CAGCCGCCCCCGCCGCUCGCCCCCGCCAUGCCCGGCCCGGCCGCCGGCAGCAGGGCCCGGGUCUACGCCGAGGUGAACAGCCUGAGGAGCCGCGAGUACUGGGACUACGAGGCGCACGUCCCGAGCUGGGGUAAUCAGGACGAUUACCAACUGGUUCGGAAACUCGGCAGGGGAAAAUACAGCGAAGUCUUUGAGGCCAUAAACAUUACCAACAACGAGAGAGUGGUUGUGAAAAUCCUCAAGCCAGUGAAGAAAAAGAAGAUAAAACGAGAGGUUAAGAUUCUGGAGAAUCUGCGAGGUGGCACCAACAUCAUUAAGCUGAUUGACACUGUCAAGGAUCCAGUGUCAAAGACCCCAGCUUUGGUGUUUGAGUACAUCAAUAAUACAGAUUUUAAGCAACUGUACCAGAUCCUGACAGACUUUGAUAUUCGGUUUUAUAUGUAUGAGCUGCUCAAGGCCCUGGAUUACUGUCACAGCAUGGGGAUCAUGCACAGGGACGUCAAACCCCACAACGUCAUGAUAGACCACCAACAGAAAAAGUUGCGGCUCAUAGACUGGGGUUUGGCAGAGUUCUACCAUCCAGCUCAGGAAUACAAUGUCCGCGUGGCCUCGAGGUACUUCAAAGGACCGGAGCUCCUUGUGGACUACCAAAUGUAUGACUAUAGCUUAGACAUGUGGAGUUUAGGCUGCAUGCUGGCCAGCAUGAUCUUCCGAAAGGAGCCCUUCUUCCAUGGCCAGGACAACUAUGACCAGCUGGUUCGCAUUGCUAAGGUUCUGGGCACAGAUGAACUGUAUGGGUAUCUGAAGAAGUACCACAUAGAACUGGAUCCGCACUUCAAUGAUAUCCUGGGACAGCACUCGCGAAAACGCUGGGAGAACUUCAUCCAUAGCGAGAACAGACACCUGGUCAGUCCUGAAGUCCUGGACCUUCUGGACAAACUUCUGCGAUAUGACCAUCAACAGAGACUGACUGCCAAAGAGGCUAUGGAGCACCCAUAUUUCUACCCAGUGGUGAAGGAGCAGUCCCAGCCCAACUCAGAAAAUGCCGUGCUCUCCAGUGGCCUGACAGCAGCACGAUGAAGACUGGAAAACAACGGGUCCGAUGCUGUUCCUCCCAAUUUUCCAUAAGCAGAACAAGAACCAAAUCAAACGUCUUAUCAGCGUGUGUACAGAGCUGGCGGCCAGACGGCGUUGCGGUGGCAGGGGACGAGACCAGAGACCGCACCGGCUCCAUGGCACCCACCAGUUUAUAAACACAAACCUUACUUCUGAAUGUAAAAGGUUCCUCUGCCUUUGACUUCCUGUUGACCUCUUCCUGACCCAGAAAGCAUGGAAAAUGUGAAGGGUAUGCAAAACGGUUGUUGGCUAAUGUUGCUCCCCCCCAUGCUGACCUUUGCCCCCCUGAACCCCAGCAUAACGUAUUAACUAGCUGGCUCCAGACUUGAUGCGGCAGGGAGGGGGCAGCGGGGGGAAAUACGGCAUGAUGGACAGUUCUAUAUUAUAAUUAAAGGAAUUCUAUAUUAUUGAAUAAAAGUUUUAAAAGAACUGUAUGCAGAGUAUUCAGUCUGGAAGGAGCCCUGGGGCGUGCCCCCCUGCAGUGGAGGAUGCUGAGGCUGGUCGGAGCCCUUCCUGGGGUUGUCUCCUGCCAUUCGCUUGUUUUCUGUGGUGGGAAGAGAGUGAAUCUGUUGUACAAGGGUGGGCUAGAGCCUGCCGCCUCCAACUACUGGGCGGGCUUAAGCAGCCGGGCUACUGGAGGACAGGACCUCGUAAAUGGAUAGGAAAACUCCACGCUGGGCCUAGCAUCUUUCCCUCAAUAUCAAGCUCCUUCGGAGGCCUGGAUAAACACUAGACGCUUGGUCCCCCAUGUGGUGUCUGCACCGCAGCAGAGGGUGAGACUGGCUGCCACUUUUAGCUAGUUUCCCAUUUUCCUCCUCCUCCCCCCCCCCCCACGCCUCUGAAGGAAUGGCAGAGCCAGGAAAGGCGCAAACGCUUUCUCCUUCCCUACCCCAGCUGAGAAGGACGUGGUACAGGGUGGGGUCUCUCAAGAGAUGUCCUAAUCAAGGGAGGCCUUUGCAACUAUAGUUCAAGGUCUGGCUGCCUGGAGAUCUCAGCUGGAUUUAAAAAAGGAUAAGGAGAUAGCCCCCGUGUCUGCACCAACACCCCUGCCCUGUACACAGACAAUGGGUGACUUCAGUCCUCUGAGCCUCUCCCCUGCUCAGGAGGGCUGGGGGCAUUCUCAUUAAUCCUAAACACAGUAGACUCCUUAUCCUCACAGUUCUCUGUGGGGACUACUGAGCCCUCCUUCUGUCUAUCUCCCCCCCGCCCCCCAAGGACCCCUGGGCAGAACCAGCAGUGCUCACAAUGCUUCCUCUUUAGUGACUGCUCCGUGGAGUGCUUCUGACUUCCUCCUCGGCCACUGCCUCGAGCUACACCUCCAUUUGGGUAGUGAAUCGAACCGGCUGGUGGAGUAAACCAGGGCUUUCUCCCCGCUCCUUCCGUCCCUCUAACCCCCGCUCAUAUCAAACCGCCUUCCUGCUAGCAGUAGUGGUGCCACUUGCGUUUCCUGACACCCUCGGUUAAGGAAGAGAUCUCUCUCGGCCGGGUGGGCACGUCCUUGUCACGGCAGCCAACUCCUCACCUGCUCAGUCGUCAAGUGUUUAUCCCAGCUGUGUCUCCACACUGGGCAGGCAGCAUUUCCGAGCCAGUGAGCUUGAGCUUGAAAUUAACAAACCCAGACGCUUGAAGCUACUUUUUAAAAUCCCAGCAGGACUCCAAUUCUACUUUGUCAUUUCUUUUCUCGGGCCGUCCUCUCUGCCUCCAGCUCCCCUUGCAUCGUUUUUAUCCAGCGCCUUGGUACUGAAGCUGUCUGUUGUAAGGCUACCUCUGAUAUAAGGCUAUCUGCUGUAUGUUUUGUCUCCUGGCUCUUUGGAAGCUCAUUAUAAAUACCUCUUUAUAACAAGCACCUCCCUGUAAUGUACGUUUAGUAUCUUCUAAGCCUUAUAGAAGUGGUGCUAUGUAUGUGUGCGUGUGUAUAUAAACUCUGUAUUUAUUAUCUGUUUCCACGUGUGGGUCUGUGUAUCUAGGGCAGCGCUGGGCACUAAGUGUGCAGCUGAGGGAUUUGCUUAAGGGGAAAAAAUAUGCAGGUGGAAUGUUAAAAUGGACUCUCUGCCUUUAACGUGUUGUGGCUUCUGCCACUCCCCACUUACCAGCCUCCUAGUUGUGAGCGUGUUCCCAGGAAUACAUGCUAGCUCUGCUUGGUUUUUCAGGGCCAUGGAGCUGAUGGGGAAGGGUCCCUGGGGAUGUCUUCAGUAAGCCUUCCCCAGAGGCAAUCGAUCUAUCUCUAUGUAUUAACCCUGGGCCCAUCCCUUUAGUAUCUUGGCCCUUUGUUCCAGGAAGAGCAGCUACCUUCUGGGGGUCACAAGGAAAACGGUCACUCUUUGGUGCUCAGUUAGGUUUUAGCUGUAGUUCCUAUCAGCCCAGGACUGUGUGUCGGGGAUAAAGCAUGAACCCCGAGUUGAAAGCCAGCAUGAACCCCAGUUUCCAGGCUAGAGGAUGAAAUGCAUCGACGUGGUAAGAGCACAGUGAACUCGUUCAAGAGUGAGGGCAAAUGAGCGCCCGAUGCCCUCUGAUCCAGCAAAGAACUUUACAGGAAGGAAUUGAAAUAAGCAAGGUGCAUUUGUUGCCUCUUGGCCUCCAGUCGGCUCACCUGAUGGGGACGAGGAAAAGAGAGACCUCAUUUGAGGACUAACUGAUACCUUCACUGUGUUGGAGACCCACCUGCAAUAUGCUAGUUCCCUCCACACAGUUAAAAUAUGCUUCAGACUUGCCUGUGUACCUAGAAUUAAACCGUUGGCUGGGUCAGGCUGUAGCCCGCGUCAGUCACGCCUGUUAGAACGUGGUCCCACCUGCACAGGCACAGCACAAACGUGCCAUGGCGCUGCUGUGUUGUAACUGGGUACCCCAGCAUUGCAGUCCUUGUAGUGUCGAUGGGACAGCCUGGUAGCUACGUUAACCUGACUCCCAUCAUGUUUAAAUCCAACCUAGGCCUCCCUUUAUGCUUAACAUCACCUUGUUAAAAUGGCCUGGCCCUGAGAAACAGUUUCACCAAGGAAAGGAACUUGAUGUGCCAUCCAUACAGGGUGCUACAGAAGCCGCCUAGAAAGAGGUCUGUUUUCAGUUACAAUAGGCCAAUUGCAUAGAACAGUGGCUUCCUGCUGCAUCCCAGCCUCCGUCUCAUCACUCACCUUUCUCCCAACGCCCUCCCUCUGCUUGUCCUUUCCACCAUGUGCGCCCUACCCCCUGCUUGAUACAUCCUCAAUCGCCUGUCUUCAAAGGGGCACUGUUGACUACUUUUUUCGUUUUAAUUUUCUUUUUACACUCCCUUAUUUGUAAUACCCUCAGAGAAGCUCCAGAAAUAAACCGCUCUUUGCCUACCGAUCGUUGUCUUCCAUUUGUCAAAAUACUGAGCCUUUUCCUCCCCCCUCGCUCGUCUUUUCUAAUCCUGCAGAGGCAAACGUGACUUCCAUCCUCCCCACUUCCUGGCCUUGUCAGUGUCCGCACAGGGCUAGACCUGUCCUGAUCGGCUGCUGCAGGAGCAGCACUGUGGAUGAUCUAUCUUUUUGCCUGGGUUUGGUGAAACUAGGAAGUAGCCUAAAAAAAAAAAUAAUUCAGCAACAAAGUGGAUUUAAGAGGAAAGAAUUCUGCAUAAAAAGAGAGAACUUCCUUCUGGCCGGUACUGAUCUUUAAGGUAGGUCAAAUUUUGGAACUUGGACUACUUGACAGUGCCCCUUUAUCUUUUUGAGCUCUUGUCUAGCGACAGACACACCUCCUCUGCUUUGUCCCAGUCUCCGCUUCGUGAGUGUCUGUGUGAGUCAGGAUUCAGCAAGUGCGACAGUUCCAGAGCCUCCAUCCUUGGUCUUCCUGUGUCCAACUUUCCCAUCCGUAAGGAGCCGUCUGUUCGACAACUGCUCCUGCCGUCAUGUUGUAGACGUUCCUUUCCGUCAAAGUUCUUUUCUUGGCCUGCUUAUUGGAUGGGCCCUUAUCCAUUCCCUCUCCUGUGUGGUCAUGCGGUUCUACCGUAUCUUCAAAGAGCUGCCAGUGAAAUCAAUGGGAGUUAGGUGCCUAAAUACCUUUGUAGAUCUGGGCCUAGCUUCUGGUCCCUUUUCUCCUGGUGAAUAGUAUUUAACGUCACUGAAGUCAAUGGAACCAUUCAUGGAGUUCAGAUGAUACUCAGCCUAGGUGACGCAGUCAAAAUCCGGCCCGGCGAUGUUUUCCCUUUUCUUAGUUUCCUGCCCCAAAGUUAACACAAAGUGUAGAACUCAAAAUCCUAUUGACCACCGCAGCAUUUUGCAGUGGUCAGCGUCACCCAGGAAAAGUUCUCACAAGCAUCCCCAGGCCAUUAAACUGGCAAAACCAGAGACCUCAUAAUUAGUCAAAGCUCUAUAUAAUUUAAAUGGUGACUUGCUGGUUUGUCAUCUCUUGCCACCAGGAUACAAUUCCAACAAGCUCUGAAAGUUCCCAGUGUAUGAACUAUGUGCAGGGAGGGGGGAAUGUUUACGUUUUUCAAAAUAAUUCCUGUCACCAUGUAAACGUACUUUUUUUUAAAAAGAGAAAUCUAAUUUUCAAGUUAAAUCACUGAAAUGUCCAACUAUGAAAGUCUGCUGCCUCUAUCACACUAGCUGUUCUACUGGCUUUAAAAACAUCAGACCUCAAAGUCUGAGCCACACUCUGUUAAAAAGUCCCCGGAGAAAUGUGCUGUGGGAUUCUGGUACCAUCAUCCUCUAGGCAAAGAUUUGCUCUGCUGCUUUGGCCCCUUAAAUCCACGAUCUCAUUAUGGUCUGGUAUAUUAUGGAGUCUCAUCCACCUGCAUAUAUUUUUCCCUUCAUUAUUGCUAAGGAUGGUGGCAUGAAAACAGGAUUUCGGAGUUAAUCUGCUCUUGCUUCUACUUUUUCACCGGUAACCAGUUAUAACGUCCUGGCGAUUUGCUGGGCAAAUAACUGUUGUCCCUCUCGUAAUUGUAACUUCAGGUGGGACAUGAGCAGAAGGCUUAACACCUUCUGUUUCCAUCCCAGCUGGCGUUCGAACUGGAGAACAAAGGGAAUAAGAAGCUGCCUAGAAACAGGCGUGUUUCUGUCUCUUAGAAAGGAAGAGAAGCUUGGGUCUUGCUUUGGUUGGCUUGUGCCGAUAACCCCAUUAGGAAUAAUGGUGGUUUGUGCUGUCCACUCUUCAUUGAGCGACGAUGACCACUCUCAAAACCACAUGUGGCAUUUCUGCUCUGUGUGAGUUGCACGGUGAUUUUUAGCUCCAAGCCAACAAGUAUCUUGCUGUCUUCACCAUCAGAUGCAUUUAUAUCCGCAUAGAUUCCAAUACCUCUUCUAGACAAAGGUUUGUUCUCCAGUUAGUUUAAUCUUGGGUAUGUUCUAUUCCCUGUAGAGGGAAUAGAGACUCUGCGUGAGUAGAUUAAGCUUUUCCGUUGCUCAGGACAAAGAUUAAAGAUAUUGUCUCCUGUCCAUGCCACCCCAAAAGGUGGGCAGGAAGCAAAAACGUGCAUCAAGCCCAGUUGUGAGCCAAGAGCCAUGUGAGGAGCUAUAGCAAAACGCACGACUGAGUAGGAUUAAAUAGCAAACGGAAAAUGUUGAUGAAAAAUCUUCUGGCUCCCUUUUGACAACAAGAUGUUGAGCUUGUCUGGCUUAUAGUUAAAUACAGAUUGUUUCCUUGCUCUUCAAAGAUGGUAUAAGGGCUGGUCAAGAUAAUGCCCACGGCUGUGUUUUGUCUAACAGGGGUUGCUAGUCCCUGAACAAUGAGCAUGUAACAUCUCUUUUAUGGGGAAAAGAGGACUCCCGGUUGUUCUGAAAAAGCUCUGUUAAGAUUGCUUCUUGUAGACCUCCACAGCCAGGGCUUGAUCCUCAGCCCAUCAAAGUUAAUGGAAAGACUCCCAUUGAUUUCAAUGGGCUUUGGAUCAUGCCCUCACUCACGUGACAUUUACAAGGUACUGUGAAGUGUGUGUAUGAUUAGGAUAAGCAAUAGAUGAAUAAUUAUUGAGAGGAAGGAUUUAUUAUCUUUAUAAUUCCUUUCCGUAAACAUGUCCAGCACUGUUGGAUUUCAGAGGGGCACCUAGAUUUGACAUGUCUUAUGCCAGUGUUUUAGAGGGUUCCUGAAGGUCUCACCACCUUGAAAGUCAUCUGAUCUCCAGGGUACUCAGGGUGGGGGGGGAUUCUUUGGAGGAUGAUUUUAUUUUUGGAGAUGGACCUUCAUUUACUGUAGAAUUCUGCCAGGAUGUCGGCCUCUUCCUAGCGUAUUUAAUAUGAAAAAAGCAUAGUAGAAACUAGUGCACAGUUGCCAAAACCCAGUGCCCACACACAUUGGAAAUGAAAGGGAGAGUGUAAUAUACCAACGGCUUCUCUGGUGAUCGGACGGACUCGGAAACAGCUGCCAUUUUCAGGGAGUGCUGCCAGGUCCUGAUCCUGCCCACUGGGCAGACCCCUGUGCCUAUCCGGACUCCCCACUGACCUCAGUGGGGCUCCACACAGACACAGGGUCCAGGUCAGCCUGCAGGAUCAGGGCCAGGUUUAUACAGCUGGAGAUUAGGGGCUUGCUCCUGCUCAAAUGGGAGCCAGACUGGGACACAGGUUAAAAAGUUUUCUCUCCAGCGCAAUACUGGGCGGGGCUUUUCAAAGGCGCUGAAAGGAGUUAGGUGCCUAAAUCCCAUUGCAAUUCCAUGAGUGCUGGAGGUCUAUCUUCCUACCUUAGGCUUCUUUACAAAUUCCAGCCUGCGAUAUUGACACACAUUAGCAUUCCGUUAGGUGACUGUGUUUUUUAUGCCUGUUUUUAGCAUCGUUUCCUGCAUUACACGUCUCUUGGGAGGAGGAGAGAGAAUGGAGAUGCCUUGGAUAAAAGUUGAAAUUGCCGUGAUUUUUCUUUAGAAUUCACUGAGAAACUAGGACAAAUGGUUUGAAAACACAAAAUGUUUCCAUGUAUAUUGCUCCUGCAAAACAGCUGGCAGUAAGAUGUGUGCCUGGACAGCAUCUGCACGGUGGAUGAAUGAGGGGCUGGGCUAUUCAGGAACGGCAGCUGUAUAUUUGCCCUCAUCUCAUGUGUUAACAGAUUGGAUUUAUGGAGUCAUUUAUUUAACUGUGUUGUAUAAAG